AUGCCAGAUCAACAACAGACGCUCUCCGUUCCCUCCCUACUCCUCCUCGCCGCCUUCGCCGCUCUCACAAUUCGCUACUUCUUCUUCGCAAAGCCGUCUACCUCAUCGCCGCGCGCGAACCCACGAGCCGUCAACCCUGCGGAUGUUGAACAGAUAGCUACGAUGUUCCCCCAGAUAGGGCGGAGGGAGAUUAUAUGGGAUUUACAGCGGAAUGGAGGGAGUGUGAAUGCAACCACAGAGAGAAUACUAGGGAGAGGAAGGCUUGAUCCGCCACCACCAUCUUUUCAGCCCGUCAUACCAGCUGGCGCAACACCUAGUACUGCCAAUACGACGCCAGCACAAACGAAGUCAGAACACAUCGAUCUCAUAACGCGGUAUAAUCUCGGAUCGAGAGUAUCGUCGCAGUCUUCAUCACCUUCGGAAGGCAGUGGACCAAGUGGAAGCCCACAGCCGCAAUCUUGGAGUAACAACAAGAACGAGAGGCAGGCCCUACUGAAGAGACGGAGGGAAGAGAUGAUACUCACUGCUAGGAGGAAACUCCAGGAGAAGGAGAGGGAACGACCACAGCAAGAGGGAUGA